AUGAUCAGAUAUUCAAGGCAUAUCAACGCAUCUUUAUCGCGUGUACGGUGGUGCGACUAUCGAACACUCUCCAUCGUUUCCAAGCAUUUCCGAUCACUUGUUACCUCCCACGAGCUAUACGCGAGACGAUCACUGUUAGGAUGCACGGAACGCCGUCUCUAUGUCGCCCUCUCUAACCGAGAAACCACUUCUCACAAUCCUUAUAUUCUCUGCCUGGAAGCCAACGAUAAUCACCGCUUGGUCCUUAUCCCUUGGCCUACCCAUGUGCCCCACGUUGGAAGCUUCGUCUCUGUGGGCUCGAAGAUAUAUGCGUUUGAUAUGUUGAACCGUUACCACCAUCUGCCGAUUCCAAGCAUUGACCGUAGAUUCCAAACGGUGCACCUCGUGCAUUGUAUGAAUGCAACCAUGGAUGUUUCAGUUGCUGGCGUCAUUGGCAGGAAAAUAUACGUAACUGGAUAUACUAAAAUCCCAUGGGAUACAUCGGCGAAGAUGGUCAUGGCUGUGUUCAAUACAGAAACACAAAUAUGGGAAACUGCGACAGAGACUAUGAUAGGUCGGCCCUAUGGUUGUGUGGUGAUGGCUGGUAAGAUGUACACGAGGGAUGCUCGUAACAGCUUUGUUUACGAUCCAAAGGAGAGUAAAUGGGAGACAGACAAGAGGCUGAAUAUGUUUAAGUGGGAGGGUGGGUGUGUGGUUGAUGACGUAUUGUAUUACUUUGAUAUUCGUGGUGGGAGUGUUGAGAGCUUAUGA